UCCGAACACGGGGCUCAGUGGGUGACAAUGGCACAAUGGCUUCCCGGAGGUCUGCCUUGGCCUCGCAAACCGAAAUCUCCGGGAACGACCCUCUCCGCGAGCUGUUCGAGGCCUGCAGGAAUGGAGACCUAGUGCGAGUGAAGAAGCUCGUUAAUCCGCAAAAUGUGAACGCCAGAGACACGGCAGGGAGGAAGUCUUCGCCCUUGCACUUCGCAGCAGGUUUUGGUCGGAGAGAUGUGGUGGAGCAUUUGCUGAAUCUCGGAGCAGCUGUCGGAGCGCGUGACGAUGGUGGGCUAAUUCCCCUGCACAACGCUUGUUCCUUCGGCCACGCAGAGGUUGUCUCACUGCUCCUCAAGCACGGGGCUGACCCCAACGCACGCGACAACUGGAACUACACGCCCCUCCAUGAAGCUGCUUCCAAGUCCAAGUUUGAUGUUUGCAUAGUUCUUCUUCAAAACGGAGCGGAUCCAAGCAUCCGCAACACAGACGGCAAGACGGCGCUGGAUUUGGCAGACACCUAUGCUCGCUCUGUGCUCACAGGGGAGUACAAAAAAGAGGAGCUACUCGAGGCUGCCAGAGCAGGCAAUGAAGAGCGUUUGCUGGCCCUUCUGACUCCCCUUAACGUCAACUGCCAUGCCUCAGACGGCCGUAAGUCCACCCCUUUGCAUCUGGCAGCGGGCUACAAUCGUACGGAGAUUGUAACAAUACUGCUUCAGCACGGAGCAGAUGUCCACGCCAAGGACAAAGGUGGCCUAGUUCCUCUCCACAAUGCCUGUUCCUAUGGCCACUUUGAGGUGACGGAACUUCUCAUCAAGCAUGGGGCCAAUGUGAAUGCCAUGGACCUGUGGCAGUUCACGCCUCUACACGAAGCUGCCUCAAAGUCACGGGUGGAGGUGUGCUCCCUCCUCCUGGCCCAUGGUGCUGAUCCUACACUGCUCAAUUGCCACUCCAAGUCUGCUAUCGAUGUUGCCCCCACCAGGGAGCUCCAAGAACGACUCUCUUAUGAGUAUAAGGGCCACAGUCUGUUGGAAGCGUGUCGCCAGGCUGACUCCACAAGGCUAAAGAAAUUACUCUCAGCAGAUGUUGUUAACUUUAAGCAUCCGUACACAGGAGAUACUCCCCUUCACUGUGCGGUGAGUUCAAGCAGCGGCAAAAGACGUGGAGUGGUGGAGGCGCUGUUGAGGAAGGGCGCUCCACUUCAGGAGAAGAACAAGGACUUCCUCACUCCACUGCACUUAUCUGCUGACAAGGGACAUUAUGAUAUAAUGGAACUCUUACUCAAACAUGGGUCCAAGGUCAACGCACUCGACAGCUUAGGUCAAACCGCUCUACAUCGAGCUGGUAGAGACGGGGAUGUUCAGGCAUGUCGUGUAUUGCUACAAUAUGGUGUUGACCCCACAAUCAUCUCGCUUCAAGGUUACACUGCCACGCAACUUGCAACAGAACCUGUGCAAAGGCUACUCCAUGCACUUCAGCCUCUAAAGAGAGACUCUCGCCCUGCAGAAGACCCACCUGGGCCAGGUGUGGACAGUGAGCAGCAGCUUCUCGAGGCCUCAAAGUCUGGCGACAUUGAGUGUGUCCGGCGCAUCCUCACUGCUCAGCCUUACCUGGUCAAUGUGAGAGACCUAGAUGGAAGACAUUCCACGCCCCUCCACUUUGCUGCAGGCUAUAACCGUGUCCCCAUUGUGGAGUACUUGUUGCAGCAUGGAGCGGAUGUUCACGCUAAAGAUAAAGGUGGCUUGGUUCCCCUCCACAACGCUUGUUCUUAUGGUCACUAUGAGGUUACGGAAUUGCUGGUGAGGCACGGAGCCUGUGUCAAUGUGGCAGAUCUCUGGAAAUUUACGCCAUUGCAUGAAGCUGCUGCCAAGGGAAAAUAUGACAUUGUAAAGCUGUUGUUAAAGCAGCAUGGGGCCGAUGUCAAUAGGAAGAAUCGCGAUGGUCACACGGCCCUAGACUUGGUCAAGGAGAGCGAUCAAGACGUAGCUGACCUCCUGCGGGGUGAUGCAGCCCUCCUUGAUGCAGCCAAGAAGGGCAACCUGGCCAGGGUACAGAAGCUGCUGAACCCAGAGAACAUCAACUGCAGGGAUUCGCAGGGACGUAACUCAACACCCCUACACCUAGCUGCAGGCUACAACAAUCUUGAAGUUGCGGAAUAUCUCCUGGAGAACGGGGCAGACGUCAAUGCUCAGGACAAGGGUGGUCUGAUUCCCCUCCAUAAUGCCUCUUCUUAUGGCCACCUGGACAUCGCAGCGCUACUCAUCCGGUUCCAAACGGCGGUUAAUGCCACUGACCGGUGGGGCUUCACCCCCCUCCAUGAAGCUGCACAGAAAGGGAGAACUCAGCUGUGUGCCCUCUUGCUGGCCCAUGGUGCUGAUCCCUAUCUCAAGAACCAGGAGGGCCAAACUCCACUGCACUUGGCCACUGCGGAUGACGUACGAAGCUUGCUGCAGGAUGCCAUGAUGAGCCAGCCAGCCUUGGCACCAGCUGCAGGUGGGGCUGCUCCUCCUCCUGUGUCCCCUGCCUCCCCAAAGCCCCCUGGCACACCCUCCAAGAGUGCCUCGCAGUCGACAGUGUCCCCUGCACCUUCACUCAUAUCCAUCAACAACAUUGGAGCCGAGGUGGAGACAGUCAUGAUGCCUUCAGGAGCAAGCUUGACUUUUACCCCAGUCAUGUGUUCCUCGCCGGGCAUUGGGGAUGGUUGUUGCGACCAUUCCCGUUGUGAGACCACACCAGAUACCACAGUCAACAUGAGCAUUGCCUCAUUUCUUAACAGUCUCGGUCUGGAGCACCUGAGAGAUAUCUUUGAGAGGGAAGACAUCACACUAGAUAUCCUAGCAGAGAUGGGACACGAGGAGCUGAAGACCAUCGGCAUCAAUGCAUAUGGCCACCGUCACAAGCUACUAAAGGGCAUCGAGAAACUUCUUAGUCAACACAAUGGAUUACUAGGCAGCGCUUGCAGUAGCAGCGGUGGUGCGAAUGGUUCAUCACAGGGCACACUGCUGGUCGAUCUCUGCCGGGAGGAUCGUGAGUUCAUAGCAGUGGAUGAGGAGAUGCAGGCGACUAUCCGAGAGCACCGGGACAAUGGCCAUGCAGGAGGGGUCUUUUCCAAGUACAAUGUUGUCAAGAUCCAGAAAAUACGGAAUAAACGCUUAUGGGAGCGUUAUGCACAUAGGCGGAGAGAAGUUGCUGAAGACAACAGUGGUCAGUCCAACGAGAGAAUGCUUUUCCAUGGAUCUCCCUUUAUCUCUGCCAUUGUGCAGAAAGGCUUUGAUGAGAGACAUGCUUACAUUGGUGGCAUGUUUGGAGCAGGUAUUUACUUUGCUGAGCAUUCCUCUAAGAGCAAUCAGUAUGUAUAUGGCAUUGGUGGAGGCACUGGCUGCCCAGUACACAAGGACCGUUCCUGUUAUUCAUGUUAUAGGCAACUACUACUGUGUCGAGUUACGCUUGGUAAGUCAUUCCUGCAGUUCUCAGCGAUGAAGAUGGCCCAUGCUCCUCCUGGACAUCACUCUGUCGUUGGAAGGCCCAGUGCCGGUGGGCUCUGCUACCCUGAAUAUGUGGUGUACAGAGGGGAACAGGCAUACCCUGAGUACCUCAUCACGUACCAGAUUGUCAAGCCAGAGGAGGCCGGACCGAAAGAGGACGGUGCCCGGGACAACGACUGACCAGACUCUCCCAGUUUUAACGUGUCGGGGAUUCAUCAGCAUCCUCCUCGUCUUCCUCCUCUUCCUCCCGCUUCUUCAGCAUAGGGAAGACAUUAUUGUUCUCUUAGGAGUGGGUGGGGUAGGGGAGAGGGGGAGGAAGGGAGGGGAACCUGAGAAAGAACUCGGAAUAUUGUCUGUUGUGUUGAUUGAUUGUCAGAGGAAGUGAGAAACAGACAAUUUUGCAAGAGAGAGGGACUUGAAUUGUCAUUUUCUGGUUUCUUUUUUCUUUUUAUCUGUUUUUAUUUUUUCUCUUUUUUUUUCUUAUCUUUUUUAUAUGCAUAUUUGUGUUAUUUCAUAUUUGUUUCCCCUCUGUCUGCUUUUGAAACUGGUUGUGAAGAGACUAUUUUUUUCAUUUUAAUCUGCAGCAAAGAAGGGAGGAGCUCCGUAUAAGUACCUCGCAUGUAGCUGCACUAUUGGGAGUGAAAAAACGGGGAAUAAAGAAAUUGCAAAUAAAUUAUAAUGAAAGGGAGAAAACUAUGGUAAAAGAAUUUUAUGUAUGUAUCUAAUAAUGCACCUCUGACUGCUUUAAGAAAGAUAUUUCAAGAAAGAGAAGCUUCGAAAGUGGGAUGGGGAACACUCUAAAAUGCCCCCCUCCCCACGUUCCUGUAAGUGGGAGCACAAUCACGUAUUCUUUAGUCAUUCCAAGCAGGAAAAAAUACAAAGUCAAAAACUGAAUUAAAAAAAAAA